CAUACCGAACGGCAGUACGCUACGGUAUCUUUUUGGGCCAGUACCGUAUGUUACGUUCGACGGAAUACGGUAAGUCGCGGUACGAAAACCGAAAACUCCAACCCCUGUUGUACGUUGUACGUUCCGGUUGCAUAGGUAUGACACGUACGUACUAAGAGUACGCAGUUUUUGUUGUACAGUACUGUACCUUACUAAACCGAGAUUCACAGGGCAAGGGCGGGAUGAAAAAGAGUUUCUACGAAGUAGAAGUAUUCCUUUAUUUCGGGGGAGAAUGAUAAAAAACGGGAGAGGGAAGGGGAUCGCAUGAAUUGAACAUUGAUCUGAUACUCGUAGGUACAAAAACUAAUAAAAUUAGAAUUCUUAUCGUUUGCUGGCAAAAGAAGAACGCACGAUCGCAUACGACCCUAAUUUACUUAUGGAAGUUUUUCCAGAACAAGUAAUUUUGAGAUACUUAAGGUUACUCGUAGAACCAGUCGUAUAUGAUUAUUGCAGCCCUCUUGGGAUUCACUCGUGUCAUUUGCUUCCCCCUUCAAUUCACGUCGGAUCGAAGAUCUCCAAGCUUUCUUCUGAACCGAAAUCCCCUGCCCCUUACAAUUACAAUACGAAUUGCAGUCGGCACCGAUAUCUCAAUACUGGUUGUAAUGACAACGAGAGAAAUUGGUGAGUUCAUUGUCAAUUGUAAAGGACCACGGGAAUAACCAAAGAAAAAUCUUUUUGUAUAUUAGCCUAAACUUCUCUCACCUCGGACUGUUGUGCGCUCUGAUCUGGAACAAACCCACCCGUGUCUCCUCGUAAUAUUUUAAAACCAACACAGAUCUUGAACGACAGCUGCUGAAAUCAUCUUUUGGAAGCAACAACAAAAACCAGUCGAAGUUGGUAGACAUCCUUGACGACACUACAAGAUCAUAUUAUAGCACUGGAACAACAACUACAGCGAACAGCAGCAGUCCGCACUCGAUCCAGUCAAAAAGCACAUCUUCGUCGUUAGGAAAGACACGAAAGAAGACACCAAAACCUGUGUCAAAAGACGAUCGAUCGGUACUCACAGCAGCGUCUCGAUCAUCUAGAUUGACAGCCAAUACCGGCAACAGCAGCAGUCGUUCGAUCGCACCAAACCGAUCGGAUCCUAGUCGCCUUCCAGCGACCACAUCUUCGAAAAGCAAACGACUGAGUUUCGACGGUUCUGUUUAUCCGUCGCCUUCAGCUCAUCCGGACAUCCAAUUGAGAAGUGCCAAAGGUACUAGAUCUGCUACGAACGGAAACAGCAAAAAUACCCACAGUUUACCGAGCGCAAGUUCUGAACUUCCCGUCGAAUCGGCUCCGUCCAAUCCUAAAAAACACCAACACAAAGACAGUACCAAGCGAAACCAAAAAAUUCGCAACUCCAAAACCAUGUCAUCGAAUUACGGAAAGGUCGAUCCGGAAAACCGGAUCGAACACAGCAUCGAGGUCCCGCACGACGAAGGGGAAGCACAAGAUACUAGUUCUUCUGGACCCAGCAAAAAAUUAAUCUGGCUGUCCGUCAUCUGCUUCGUCGUCGUUGUCACUGCAGUGGCGGUUCCCUGCGCCUUGCUCUUGGGAGGCUCGGGCGGUAACACUAACUUUCCAAACCUCAGCAAAGCCGGGAACGGCGACAUCGUUGCGUUGCUGUCGGAAAGUAUUUGCAACGAAGGCAUCCCGCACAGUGGAACCUGCACUCCGGAACGCACGGCCGAGGAAAAUCUGGGAGGAGAGCUCUGUAACCUUUUGGCGAAGGCUAUGAUCAACACAACCGUACCCGGUGAUAUCGCAAUCGUCAACGCCGGUGUGUGCGAAAAGGAUUUAUUGGCACCCGAACUCAAGGCAGGCGACAUUAAGAAAGCGAUUGCCGGGGAAAAACUGGUGGCCGUCGACAUUUCGGGCGUCGAUCUUUCCAACCUCGUCACAGAAGCAGCAACGGCAUCCUUCGGCCCAUCGGGAAACAGCAAGGCCUAUCCGUACGCUUCGGGCAUUAGGUACGACAUCGAGGCGAACCUGCCACCAUCGGAGCGAGUGAGCAACAUCGAAGUCAACCGUGGCCUCAGCAACGAUGUUUGGGAACCGAUCGACCUCAGAAAAUUUUACACGGUCAUCACGACAGAAUCCUUGGCGAAGGGCGACAUGGGAUACGAUUCAUUCGCGAAGGUCAUCGAUGACUGGAAAGAUCCGCUGAACAUCAAGACCGGUGACGCCUUUUACUAUUAUGCGAUGAACAACGGCGAGGACCCCAGCUGGUCGGUUCUUCCUAGCAGCGAGUACUCCACACAAUAUUUUUUGGGAGAGAACGACGAAGCCAAGCUCGGUGUCGUGCCCCAACGAAUUUGCCACGCCCUGAUGCCCGGUCAACCGACGAGCCCGUCCUGCACGGCGGCAGACGUUGCCAACGGAGGUGGGGUAUGCAACAUGGUGGCAUGGGCGGUCUACGACCAGAACCUGAGCGUGGACAUAGUGAUGAUAAAAGGAAAAACCUGCAAAAACGACAUUGAAGACGGCCUUCUCGUCGAGAGCAAAAUCGACAGCGCUCUUUCCGGCGACAACACCAUGCACACUUUUGAAGUAGUGGGAUCCGGGGUCGUGAAAUAUCUCGACGAACUCGUCUCGGAAGCUAUCGAUGACGGUAUCGAGGGGUCCUACCCUUAUGGUGCCGGUGUGCGGUUCGACGUCAACAAAAACUUAACGCCAAAAGUAACCAACGUAGAGGUCCUCUCUCCCAGCGGAAACUGGGAACCGAUUUCACUCAACAAGAAUUACAUGGUUGCGCAGCCAACGGGAACGGGGAGUGCAGACAGCCAACUCAUGAAAAAGACAAUGAAAGAGAACAUCAUCAGCUACGCCGAUGAAUGGAACACGAUGUACCCGCCCCCGGCCGCCAAAGCAUCCACCCAAUCCUUUGCUUGAAACAACAAGCGUGGUGAUCAAAUAAUUCAUAGUAAAAAAUACAUAAGAAG